UGAAAAUCAAUGACGAGAAAGCUAGCAAGCCACAUCAGGCAACCGCCCCGCUUGCAGUACAGGAAGGUGAACGAAAUUAUCAGGCAGUCAUCCCGGAGCUGCGAACAGAGAAACUUGUAGUUACCUCUCUUCACCAUGACUGACAUCGAGUACGAGGAACUGGCCGCCAAUCUGGACUCCUUUGUGGUGGUGGAUGUGCGAGGCAGAAAUGAGGUGAAGCGGAACGGCCAGAUCCCGGGGUCCCACUGCGUGCCUAUCGGGGAACUGGAGGACGCCUUUGACCUGGACGACGACGCCUUCCAAGAAAAAUAUGGAUUCGCCAAGCCGUCUUCCGAGCAGACCGUGGUAACUCUCUGCCAAGUAGGAGGACGGGCGAGACGGGCCGGGGAUGCUCUCGCCAAGAAAGGAUUACAGGCCAGAGUGUACAUGGGAUCGUUCGAGGACUGGACAGCUAAAGGAGGCAAGGUGGAUCCAGGCACACCUUUCCAGUCUGCCAACUAAAGCACAUCACGGCCAGUCUACCCACACAUAUCCGCAUUGACUCACUUAUUGUUUGAAUUUAAUGCACGGCAAUGAUUUAACAUGUAUUUUUUAUUACUCCUUUCCUGCAACAGAAAUGCAUGGUUAGGUGGAUCCCGUUACUCGCCCAUAGCCGUGUUCUGAUAAGACUAGCUCAGUGCUCUUCCUGGAUGGACACGAGUUGUCCAUCCGGGAAAAUUGUCAACUAAAGGCUGCUACGCCACACCAAGACAUGUAAAGCAACUUUCAUUUUUUAUGUAGGAGGGGCUCUGGCCAAGGGAUACACAAAGGCAUAAGGAAAAGUACACUGAAGGUGUUCCAAAGAGUGGAGCCAAAAGGAUUAUCCAAAUUAUAGGGGAAGUGUCUUAUAAGGGUGGAGAAGUCACUAUCUGAGAGGCAGAAACCCUGACGGAGACGACACAAAACUCCUGAGUUCUUUUCUACUUUUUUAAAUACAAGUGGAAAAAAACAUAAUGAAAUGAAAACAAAUAAAUUGAUAAAAUGUUAAAAAGAGGAAAAAAACGGCCCAGUCAUGGAGGUAUAAUGGGAGGAAUUGGCAUGACGUCACGAAUGUGAACCCAACGUGUAAUUGGCCAGCUGUCGGCCCUACCUCCCUUAGACCCAAAACCUUACCAGCUGAACGUUGAAAGUAUAGAGAAACACUGGUGUACCGCUUCUCAUUUCCUGUUUUCUGCUGUUGCUUCCAGGCCAGCCAACAUAUCUGUGACCACAAAAGACUGCAAUAGUGGUGUAGAGCCGUGAUACCAGGAUUUAGACGGCAUAUCAUACAUGCAAAUCAGGCCAUUCAAUAUUUUUUCAACAUCGGUAGACUUGAGUGAGAGGUGGGAAGCUGUCUUAGGGGUGGACGUACGGGUGGACGAGGUAAUGUCCGCGUAUACAUAUACAUGUGGAUAUAGAUGAAGGAGAAGAAAUAAACUGUGCAUUAGGUGAAAGGUGGCCCGAAGGUUGACUUCUUGGUAUACUAUCUCUUUCUCUCUCUCUCUCUCUCUCUCUCUCUCUCUCUCUCUCUCUCUCUCUCUCUCUCUCUCUAUCA